AUGGCAGAAUCGUCUAACUUAUUAAUAAACGACUCUUCUUCAAUAAGAAAUUUUAAUCAUGUCGUUUAUGAAGAUGUGUUAAAAUUAGCUAAGAAUGAAAUAAUACGCGUUCUGAAGUUGGAAGAUGAUGAAGAACAGGAUGAAAUUAUCAAUGAUUUGUUAAAGAAUGGUCGACAAUCACUGUCUAAGUAUAAAAAAGACCUUAUACCAGAAAUCUAUGACGCAGCCAUAGAUGGAAAUGAUUGCGAAUUGAUGAAAUAUCUGAAAAAUUAUUUUGAACAACAAUGGAAAGUCGAAUAUGGUUCUUCAAAUGAAUGGUUUACUUCAUUUUUAAAUGAAUAUUCUAAUGAUGUCAAUUAUGAUUCAUAUCAAUGUGUUUUGAAUCGUACAGCUGAAUAUGGGAAUAAAUACUUGAAUGAUUGUCCAAUUUUAUCAAUUGUUUUACAACUUCUAUUUAAAGACAUCAAUAAUGAACGUUUCAAUAAAACAAAUGUAUUCAAUGAUAUAUGGUUUACAAUAACAAAUAAUGGUCUAAAGUCUAUAGAAAAAUAUUCUGAAUAUAUCAAUGAACAUGUAAUGUUUGAGUUAAUACAUAAAAAACAGUUGGUGUUAUUUCAAGCUUUACGUGAAUAUUAUCAUCCAGAAUUAUUUAAAUUACUGGAAGAAAGUAAAAUCAGAAAUCAAGACAAUUUGUAUGAGUUAGCGCUAAAUAAUGUUGCUGAAUACGGUUGGUUGAAAGGUUUACAGGCAGUUGAGAGGAAAAUAAAACCGAAAAGUUUUACCAAAUUAUUAGAGAAAAUUCCUUCUUCUAAAAAACAACAACCCUUAAUAUCAAACCAAGCAACCUCAAUAUUUAGUGAAAUGCUCGCAAAUCAAGGUAUACUCGAUCUUAUGGAAUAA